GCAGUGUCACUGCCUUCAGCUCUGGUGGCAUGGACCAAACAAACACCGGGGCGACAACAAGAGCGUUCUUCUGCACUGACAAAGAAUCUGAACAACAAGUCAAGCAGGAGAUGUUUGCCAAACCUGGGGCUCCCCAGCGAGAAGAAAUGUUGACCCUCCAGGUUAAAAAUACCAUGUUGCAACUGAAUGGUCAAAAUGUCCGACUGGCGGCUAAAAAUGGCCGCAGUUCAAAAACACCUGGCCUCCAUCUGUCAGCGACACAUGGGAGGGAGACAGCGGGUCAGUUUACGGCCGUCACGCCGACCCAGGAGGGCACGACACCCCGGCCUGACCCGGAGAGGGAGGCCGAGCAUCAGCCAGUCCGACGGCCUCUGAAGCUCGCCCCGCUGGAGCUGCCGGAGGAGGUGAGGGAGGCUCAGAGGCAGAAACUCAAGUCCACCCAACAGGAAGCCAAGCCGACUUCCUGUAAGCUGGAUGUGGUGGUGAAGGAGCCCACCUGUGCAAGGAAGGUAAAAUCCUGCAGGAGACAGAGACUGGUAAAAGUGUGUCCUCCUGCUUCCACUGAAACACUCCCCACCUCCUCAAGGCUGACACGCUCCAUCCCCACAGAGCAGAAUGGAGACAAACAUCUGGAGGAGGUUGUUUGUCGAGGAACCCCCGCUCCGCUCUGCAGCAAACCUACCCCUCCUCUGCUUUCCCUCCAAGUUAAAGCUCGUGGCGAUGCAGAGGUGGCGUGCCAAAACCCCAACCGGCACGAGGUGGGGGGGAGACGGCUGAGGCUGAGGAGAGCACACAACCUACAAGAGGAUCAGUGCAAUUCAAACAUGUCAACAGGGGGAUUAUCUGCAGAUAAAGACAAGCUGGCCCAAGGUGUCCAUGGCAAAAUGCAGCAAGGGGAGAGGGCUUCCAGAAUCCAGAUGCAUGCUGCUGGAAAAUGCAUCAAAGAGCCUCCUGCAGCCUCCGGGGAGCGUGUCAGGAAAAGCCAUCAAGAGGAUUGCAGUCGGCAAUUUCCAAGAUGCACUCUGGAUCUGUCGGCUGGAAGUGGAAGCAGUGAGCAUGUUCUGACUGGAGGGAAGUCAAAUGCUUCUAAAUGUAAAUUAAAGAAGAAAAACCCUGAAACAAAACAUAACAAUGCAGCCCCUCUGGAACUUCUCCAACUGUGAUUAAAUGUUACUUUGGCAGCUCGAGACUUUGUGAAAUUAUGUCAUUCCUGAAGAUUCAUUGUGUCACGAGGAGAGCCACCAGAACCAGGCUUAUAUCCAAGUGUGGCAGCUGAUUUAUAGUUGUUUCUGAAUUUCCCCACUGGGAUUAAUAAAGGUCCAUUUUAUCCUAAUUUAUCUUGUGUAACCAGUGCAGUGAAGGACACUUAAAGGGAAUUAUUGUGUUUACUUGACAGGUGGAAAAAAAAGACCCUUAAAUAUUAAAAAACAACAUACCAUUACCAAGUCUGA